AUGCUCCUCACUGUCAAGACUACAGUUCUAAACCCACCUAGUUAUAUCCUUUCCUUUAGUGACCACUGGAUGCCCCCUACUUAUGGAUGGAUUAAAUGCAACAUUGAUGGUGCUUUUGAUGACACUGCUAAGGAUAAUGGUGCAGGCUAUGUGAUGAGGGACUUCUCCAGCAAGGAUUUUUUCUGUGAUUCCAUUGUGUUUGAUGUGGAUUCUGCUGAAGAGGCUGAGGCUAGAGCUAUCUGGGCUGGUUUGAAGAAAGUUGUGGAGUUAAAGCUAACACGUAUCAUAGUGGAAAGUGAUGCUCAAGACCUGGUUUCCCAAUUCUCUAUUGGCUCUUUUGGUGGGAAUCUGAGAACUGAUGCGAUUUUUAAAGACAUUCAAUUUUUUGCUUCCUCUCUUAGUGGUUGUAUCUUCUCUUUUCAACCAAGAACUUGUAACUUUGUUGCUCAGGAACUAGCUAAAUGGGCAAAAGCUAACAAGUCGUCUAUGUAUUGGUCUGUCCCUCCCGUUUGGCUUAGGCCAUUUGUUGAGGAAGACCAUUAG